UCUUUGUGCGGGCGAGGGGCGGUUGCUAGGCUGCGCGCAGGGCCUACUCGGCCGCAGGAGCGGCGCGGCGGCGUGGCCGUCCGGCAGCCGCGUCGAGUUGGGCGGUGGGGCGUCAUGGCGGCUUCGCCUCCGUCGGAGUCGCGUAGCGCGGAUGGCCCGGGCAGCUGCGUCCUGUGCUGCGGCGAGCUGGAGGUGGUGGCCUUGGGCCGCUGCGAGCACCCCAUCUGCUACCGGUGCUCCGUGCGGAUGCGGGCGCUCUGCGGGGUCCGCUACUGCGCCGUCUGCCGAGAGGAGCUGGCCCAGGUGGUUUUUGGGAAGAAUCUGCCACCCUUUUCAACAAUCAUACUCAGCCAGUUACAACAUGAGAAGAAAUACGACAUCUAUUUUACUGAUGGAAAGAUUUAUGCUCUCUAUAGGAAACUCCUGCAACACGAAUGCCCGCUGUGCCGGGACUCCCGGGCCUUUCCUGCCAUUGUGGAGUUGGAGCAGCACAUGAGGAAGCAGCACGAGCUCUUUUGCUGCAAGCUCUGCGUGAAGCACCUGAAGAUCUUUACAUAUGAACGCAAAUGGUAUUCACGCAAGGAUCUUGCUCGGCACAGAAUCCACGGGGAUCCUGAUGACACAUCUCACCGAGGACACCCCUUGUGUAAAUUUUGUGAUGAGCGAUAUUUGGAUAAUGAUGAAUUACUAAAGCACCUGAGGAGAGACCACUAUUUCUGCCACUUCUGUGACUCUGAUGGAGCUCAAGAAUAUUACAGCGAUUAUGAGUAUCUCCGUGAACACUUCCGGGAGAAGCACUUCCUCUGUGAAGAAGGUCGCUGCAGCACCGAGCAAUUCACCCACGCCUUUCGGACCGAAAUCGACUACAAAGCACACAAGACGGCUUGUCACAGCAAAAACCGGGCCGAAGCCAGGCAGAACCGGCAGAUUGACCUUCAGUUCAACUACGCCCCCAGACACCAGCGGAGAAACGAGGGUGUUGUGAGUGGUGAAGACUACGAUGAAGUUGACAGGUAUAACAGGCAGGUGAGAGGAGGAAGGUCAGGAGCCCGAGGUGGGCAACAGAACAGGAGAGGCAGCUGGCGAUACAAGAGAGAAGAAGAAGACCGAGAUGUUGCCGCAGCUGUUCGGGCCUCAGUAGCUGCCAAAAGGCAAGAAGAGAAAAAACGGGUGGAGGACCAAGGGGACACCUGUGGCGCCAAGAAGGAAGAUGCCAAAGAUCCUGAGCCAACCAUCUCUAAGCGAGGGGUGAAGCCUCCAUCUGAAGAACCAGGGGCUAAGGAAGUGGUCCCCAAGGCUGCCCUAAGCCAAGAUGACUUUCCUGCCAUUGGCUCGCCAGCCGUGAAUUCUGUGCAGAGCUCAUCUCCGCUGGUGCCCGUAAGUCUGGAUGAAGAAGACUUUCCCAGGCUCUCCUUUUCCUCUGCUCCGCCCGCGGCCUCGGCCGCUCUGCCCUUGUCCUACAUGGCUACAGCCCAAAGGACGGGGUUUCAGGAGGAAGACUUCCCCGCCUUGGUCUCCAGAGUCCGACCGAGCAGUAAGAUGAUGUCGACCCUCGCCUCGGCCUGGAGUGGGGGCUCCAGGAAGAACAUGGGCCAAGCCAUCACGGCCGCCGCCGGCCAGCCAGCCAGGAAAGGCCCCCCUCCCAGUGGCAGCCGAGCAAGCAAAAAGAGCAAGGUUGCAUUCCCCGGCAGCGCUCAGGACGGCAGCGCAUCCACUCCGGAGAGCCGCAGUGCGCCCACAAUGGUGGACGUGUCCUCCUUGCUGGCAGCCUCCAACUCUCAGACGUUUGCCAAAAUGGGUAGGAAGAAGAAAGUGGGGACUGAGAAGCUGAGCCCAGCCUCACCCCCGGUCUUGCAGGGGAGCCCAGCCGCCCUCCACUCUCCGGAGAAGGUAGAAGAAGAGGCUGAGCAGCCCUCCACUGUCGCUGCCGGUCCCGACCUUCCCAGCCCACCUGCCGCCCUGCUGAACGGCCACUCAGAAAAGGCCACGCUGGCGUGCAGGGCCUCCAAAGAGCCCCCUGGCCUUAAGAAGCCCCCCGGGGGUAGCCAGUGCCUAUUGCCUCAGGAAGACUUUCCAGCCCUCGGGAAUGCCGGGCCGCCCCGGAUGCCUCCACCCCCAGGUUUCAAUUCUGUGGUGCUACUUAAUAGCCCCCCACCCCCUCCUGGGCUGUCGGUGCCUCUUAGUAAACCACCCCCUGGCUUCACUCCUAUUCCAACCACCAGCGUUUCAGAAAAUGCCCCAGCUCCGGUGAAAGACCCCAAACUCUGCCAGGGACCCUAUCUGAUCCUGAAAAACUUCCAGCAACGGAACAUCCAGCUAAUUCAGUCAAUCAGAGAAUUUCUUCAAGAAGAUGAAUCCCAGUUCAACAAAUUUAAGACAUACUCGGGGCAGUUCAGGCAGGGUCUGAUUUCAGCAGAGCAGUACUACCAAAGCUGCCAGGAGCUCUUGGGUGAGAACUUCAAGAAGAUCUUCAACGAGCUCUUGGUCCUCCUGCCAGACACAGCCAAGCAGCAGGAACUGCUCUCUGCUUACCAUGACUUGAAGGCCAAAGCUCCAGCUGCCUCCUCCCCCUCGCCCUUGAGCAGGUCCAGGAAGAACCGAAAGGGGGUUUGGCAGGCAGAGCUGGCUUCUUCUGACCUUGACUGCUGCGUCUGCCCCACCUGCCAGCAGGUGCUGACCCAGCAGGACCUCACUUCUCACCAAGCCCUGCACCUGGAGGAGGACGAGUUCCCUUCCUUGCAGGCCAUUAGCCGGAUCAUCAGUUAGCUGUCCCAGGUGACCAAUAAAGUUAGUCUCCCUCUGAAAAGUGGCUCUUCUCAGGCGGGUUCUCUACCCAGGGGAGAGGAGCCAGCUGUGUGCGUGGGACCCGAGGAAGAAAAGCUUGAGGUGGGGGGGGGGGGGUGUUAAAUGGUGACAGACCAAAGGAAGCUGUAGCUGUUAUCCAAACCUGGGGGCAGUCCUCCUUCCCUGCAGGAUAGGAUGGAGCAGCAGGGUGGCAGGCACUUGGCUCACUGCUGUGGAUAAGCAUUAACUCCUGGCUGGCCACAGCAAGGAUGCCAGGCAGAGGCGGCGGCUGCUUUCUGAAGAGGGGAAGGUUGGGCUUGGCUGCUGAGAAAUAAUGGAGGGUGGCUCACAGGCUCUAUACAAAAGGAUUCCAGGAGAUGGGAGAGAGUUGAGAAUAGUGACAGGUUUGGGCAAAGGAAGCUGUGUGGCCUUUUAUCCUUCUUUCCCUCCUUCUUAACAGUGUUUUGUGGAGAGGACUUUGCUCCUUGUCCUCAGGCAGAAGAGUUGCCCAAGAACUCAGAAUCUGUUUCUCUCGCGUGGUUUCUAAAGGAAACCUUGGCUCUUUCCUUCUGUUCUGCUAGACUUGCAUGCAGGGAAAAGGUACCAUUCAGGGCUUUCUUUACCUCUCACUGUUUUUAAGUGUGGAUUUCUGUCCAGUGAUGGGAGUUCAGUUAUUUCCAUGGUCUUGAGUGGUUGUGGCUCAUUAAAUGCUGCUCAGCAGUGACCACUUCCUGAUGCCUCAGUGCCAUCCUGGCAGGUUCUUGAAAAGGGUUGCUUGCCUGGAUCUCUGCCCCAGUGACUUUGGAUGCCCAGGGUGUUGCCAGCUGCUGUCCAUGAGUUCUGUCCUCUUCCUCCUUAUCCAGAUCAUCUCCAGUUCAGUUGCUUCUUGAGACAGUAAAGUUGGUCAGAGGCACCACUAACUUUUUACAGUAGCUUUCAAGAGUAGACAUUAGAAAUAUGAUUUGCAAUUUUCUCUGUGUUUUCUCUCUCCCUCUCCCUCCCCUUUCUUACACACAGAUACACACACCUAGAGCCACGUAUGAGUAUUCAAGACCUAGCACAGGCCCCUUGAAGUUUCGUUUUGUGGACGUGUGUAUGUAUGUGGUAUAUAACUGGAUUGUGCUACUUCCCAUUGCCUCUAUUUAAAGGGGAAGACUACAGAAACCAUUGGAUGUCUUGCAAAGCAAAACUGAGUACAAUCUACAGAUCUGCCACAUUAAUUUUUGUGGGCUGGCUUUAAUUGCUGAGGAUUUGGUAUUGCAGUUCCCUCAAUUUUCAAGAGCAAAAAUGGGCUGUUUUUUAAAGUCACAAUUUGCAGAGCACUUUGUUGUAUCAAGUUGGCCAUUGAGUUCCAAAACUGGGCUCUGGAACUGGAAUUGUUCAUUCUUUUAUGUUGGCAACGCUUGUAAGAAGACCCGUCGCCUCAAUCUCAGACAAAGUUUAGUUUGUAUUAGACAAAGUUCAAUUUACUGUUUCUGAGUCUUAAAAUUUGUGCUUUUCAGACAACCUUUUUCAGUUAUUUCAACAUUUUUCAGUGCAAGUAUAAUAGAAUGUAGGGCUCUUUUCAACUUCAGCCAAGGUAUGGGAGUGCAAAUGGGAGUUCAAGGAAGUCCUCUCACCCUAAAUGUGUUCAUGGAUCUUCUUUGCCCCUCCCCCCACCCCCCUUGGGGCUGUUUCUACUGGUGGGGACAUCCCCUUUUCUCACUUCCUGAAUGCUCUGCAAUGAGACCUUGUGUGGCACGGAGGAUUCUGCUCUUUGCCCCAAGCUCCUGCUUCUUUGGGCCUCUCCCUUGAAGGCUCACGUUGCAGAGUCUUACCAUUGAGCAUCAGCGGAAGACGAAGAAGCUGCUGCUGCUGCUCCUUACAGUGCCCCCCCCCCACGCCCCCCAAAUUCAGUGGGACGGGGGCUCCUUUUGAACAAGACCCAUCGGGUCUCAGGCUUGGAUAGGAGAGCUGCUCCUGCCCAGUUGCCUGGCAUCCCGGAAUGCUUUUGCCACCUGUGACUUUAAAAGAACCCCGUUGGCUUGAGAGGAUGGCCGUCAAUAAGCCUGCACCAGCCGUUUGGAUCCCCCGGUGGCCUCCCUUCCCCAGGAACAUUUUCAACAAGUUUCAGGCUCUUCCUUUUAAGCUCUUUAUUGGAAAAUAAGUUGUAAUCGCAACACCAACAGUUAAAUUAGCACAAUCACAGAGUAAUCUGUUGUUCAAAAUGUAUAGCUAUAAUUAUAUACAUAAAAAUGUAAACA